CCGGGGGCGGUGCCUCCCCCCCUCCCCCGGCGGGGCCCGGCCUGGCCCGGCCCGGCGCGGCGCCGCUCGGCUCCGCUCCGCUCCGCUCCUCCCACCGGCGGGGCGGAGGAGGCGGCAGCCCGCAGCCGGCAGCGGCGGGGCCCCAGCGCGGUCGGGGGAGGGGGCGAGCGAUGUCCCUGGCAGAGCGGCGGCGGCAGGAGGAAGAGGAGGGGGAAGCGGGCGAAGGGGAUGGGGCCGGUGCGGGGGAGGAGGUGGUGCAGAUCCGGCUGGGGGACAAGCGCUACCCGGUGUGCAAGAGGAAGCUGAUCGAGCAGAGUGACUAUUUCCGAGCCCUCUACCGCUCGGGCAUGCGGGAGGCCGGGCAGGGCCAGGAGGAGCAGCUGCUGCGCGGGGGGCUGAGCGCCCUGGGGCUGGAGCUGGUGCUGGACUUCAUCAACACCUCCUGCCUGGCCAGGCUGGAGCAGGAGGAGGGGGGCGAUGAGGAGCCCCCUUUGCUGGAGGAGCUGGUGGAGGCCGCGUCCUACCUGCAGGUCACCCCCUUGCUCCGCCUGCUCCUCUCCCAGGUGAAGCUGGGCAACUGCUUCGAGCUGCACCGCCUGGCGCAGGUCUACGGGCUGCAGGACUUGCACGACGCCUGUCUAGACUUCAUGGCUGCCCAUUACCACCAGGUGCUGCGGAGGCCCGAUGCUCGGCCACAUCUCCUCCUGCCCCAUGCUCUCCAGCAGCACUUGAAGGAAAGGCGGAUGAGGGGCACCGCCACCCUCGUGGCCAUCGGGGACUUCAUGGGUGCCUCCUCCCUAGGCCUGCCUCCGGGCAGCCACCCUCAGGUGGAAGCCCCCUGGUCCAUGCUGAGGUAUGAUGAGGAAGCGCAGAGGUGGCUGCCCCUGGCCAGCAACCUGCCCCCUGAUCUGGUGAACGUCCGAGGCUACGGGUCAGCAAUGCUGGACAACUACCUGUUCAUUGUUGGGGGCUACAGGAUCACCAGCCAGGAGAUCUCGGCUGCCCAUUGUUACAACCCUUGCCUAAACGAGUGGAGUCAGCUGGCUUCCAUGAACCAGAAGAGGUCCAAUUUUAAGCUUUUGGCUGUGAAUGGAAAGCUCUAUGCCAUCGGGGGUCAAUCUCUUGCCAACGUGGAGUGCUAUAACCCAGAAAAUGACUGGUGGACUUUCGUAGCAUCCAUGCCAAACCCUCUUGCAGAAUUUUCAGCUUGUGAAUGUAAAGGCAAGAUCUAUGUUAUUGGAGGAUACACCACACGAGAUAGGAAUAUGAACAUUUUGCAGUACUGUCCCACUUCUGAUUCCUGGACCACCUUUGAACUUUGUGAUGUCCAUGUUCGCAAACAACAGAUGCUCUCUGUUGAAGAAACUAUAUAUCUGCUGACAAGUUCAUAAGCAUCUUCUGAAGGCACCUGCCCAGGUACGGAAUGUGUGUCCUCGCAACAAGAAAAGGAGAAGGUCUUGUCACCAUGGGAAGGUUUCACUUCAGCUCCCUUUAGGGAAGAGGUAACUGGAUUUGACACUUGUGGAACACAUUGCAGGGAUGCUGUUUCUGCACCAUCUGUUUCUGCACAUGAGAAGAUGAGAUUUAAUGCACCUGAAUGGGUUCCUAAUAUGUGGGGAUGCCUUUUCUUUUUCUUUUUUUUUUUUUUUUUUUUUUUUUAAUUGGAAUUCAGGAAUCUGAAUCUUCUUUUGAAGACAGGUGCCUGUGUACAGAAGAGAAGAAGGCAGCAAUAGUUCCCACAAGGUCCUUUUAACCCUCUAUUUUUCCAUGGUUUUGAGUGAAAUCAGUGCUGAUUAUAAGAGCUAUCAGACUUGAAGUGCCUUGACAGUUACCUCUCACACAUUCAGUACUUAAACACAUAAUUUUGGUGCUUCCAAUCCUGCAUAGCAACCCAAACAGAAAGUCCCAGGAACCUCAUCCAGAAUGCAGACAUUUGGGUUUGAACACUUUUAGGAAUCAGGUGGACAUGAAGCAAGGCAUUUUGGAUAUCCAAGAUUUACCUUUUGGUGGAUUUUUUGCAACCUGGAGGAGCAUGGUAUGCUUCAGCCCAAACUAGUGUCUACAAUUCAGCUGUAUGCAUGAAUUCAGUGAGUUAAGUCCAUGUCUAUGUGUUAGUGUUUAUUCCUUUGAAAACACAAUGCAUUGAGCAGUUGCUUUGUUUUGACAACAGUAUCAGACCAAACAAUGGCUCUUCUGCAAUGAAGAAAUAAGAUAACUUUCAUAGAAUCUUCUUUUUAGAAUAAAUAUAAGCAAUAUGUCAUUGUCUUGUGAUAAAUUAUGUUUAUCACAUUAUGUUACCUGCUUGCUUUCAUUUCUUUUCAGCUCCAGGUUCAGAACCCUACAGUCAUCCAUAAGUCAGCUCAGAUCAAUACUGGUGGAGGGAGUCACACCUGAGUUGCAGCAUUCUCUUGCCUAGCGAAUUAACUCUAAAAACUCAUCACUUCCAGGUUUUCAGUGUGGUAUAUCUAAUCAAGUCCUUUCAAACCCAUUCAUUUCUUAGUGCAGUCAUCAUUCCAAAAGCUAUGACAUCAUCUUUUAGGUGUGAUUAUGCUUUUUCACACUGGGUUUCUCUACAUGUUGGAUUCCAGUCGUCAAGUGACCACCCUGAAAAUCUGGAGAACCUGCUGAAAUGUAGAAGAGAAAGAUGGCUUAGACUGUAAAUACAGUCAGACCCUUCUGUCAAUCCAUGGUGCAAAUUCCUCAUAUACUGACAUCUAACAGUACUAUAGUCACAAAUCAAACCUGGUGUUGAAUUUAGUGGUAGCAUCAGACUGUAAUUGGUUAAAUGGACUGUAUUAUUACAGGCUGAAAUAAAUAUAUUUUUUUAAAACAAAAUUCAUUAUAGAAAAAUAUGCAGUGUGGGUGGCCCCCAUUCCUCAGGUAAAACCCCACUGUAAUGACUGUCUCAUUCUGUUUUCAUUUUCUUUCUGUCACUAAUGUUUCACAUAAGGCAUUGUUGGGCAGCUUCUGCUCUUUGGGGCAAGGAAAACAGGUUGAGAGUCAUCAACAGAGAAUAAUCAAAAAGCUGCUUUUUAGCCAUGGAACUGUUGUUCAGUGAUUUAGCGUGUUGUCUUUUCUCUGGUGGUGGGGGGGAAAUGGUCCUUAACUUAAGGACAAAUAAGCUUCUUUUGAAUGGCAAUGAUACAAACGUAAACCAAGGGGCCUUGCAGCCUGAUCAGCUGGAAAUUCCUGUGUUAUCCUGAUGUUGCUUCUAACUUACUGUGCGGGCUUGGAGACAUCACUUCACUUUGCGUCUUCAUCCCCAAAUGUAGCACAUGAGUAAGAAUGUUCAUCUUGUGCAAACAGAAAUGCUUUGUCUGGUGUAGUAGUGUAGUGUUUGUAAGACAUCUUGAGUGUGUGAGGAAGUACCUGUAUUCUCAUUGUUGUAACCGUUUACUUGGUUAUUCAAAUUCCUACAUGACAAGUGGCAGGACAGAAGGCAGCUAGUAAUCUCAUUGUGGUCUCUGCAAAUUACCUUUACUCCUUUUUUUUUUUUUUUUUGUGUGUGUGACCUAAGUUUCUUAGUCUUGGUGUUCUGAAGUCUGUAUCCAAAUUCAAAACCGCUGCUUUCCUGCUGUCUUUCCUGCUAUGUCUGGGUUAUCCAGUGCUUACAUAUCCACUAUUUGUGUCUGUCUCGUGGACUGAUUCCACUUGAUACUGACCAGCAAAAGCUGACUGCGAAGGGAUGAUCCCAUGAUCCCAGGUCAAAAGAAAGAACAACAGCCUCCCAAGUUCUGAGGGAAGAGUAAAUGGAAAACUCUGGGAACUUGGUCCUUUCUCAUAAAAUAGAGAAGCAUUUAAGAAAGUUGCUCACAUCAAGGCUAAGAGAGAACAUAACAGUUUCUUCCUUUCUGGGAAUGGUUUGUGGUUUUCAAUGUGAAAUAAGAGUUGUGUGGGGCUUAACUGAUCUCCCUGGCUGGUUUCCAUAGGUUUCUCUUUCUGCCCUGUCAGUUGACCUUUCUUGGGCUUAAUAUCCGUGUUUUCCAUUCUAUGAGGAUUUUGCCUUGCUACCUCACCGUUCAGCCUGUUUUGCUGAAAUUAUAUGGUAGCAGUUUGUUAAGUCUUUUCUAUGUGUUAGUCUGCUUUUCACACUGACCCAUGACUCUUAAUUACCAUGGUGAAAAAGUAAAGGAAUUUGUAAUUUGGGUUGAACCUUUUUAUUUAUUCAAUUUGGGGCUCUUGGAGGAGAAGACUACAAAGCUACAAGUGUUUUGUUUCAUUUAAUCCUCAUUUUACUGAGAUUCAGUCUGUGGAAAUUAAUCUGCGUCAGUAAUGUGGUAGAGAAUGGAAGGCACAGAGUGUAAUGACAGCAUUUGGCACAUAAAAUGCACAAAGCCCUGCACAAGCAGAGAUUCCUCAUCCCUAUCGCCCCUGUAAGGUAAGAUACAUGCUGUAAAUGGUGUUAAACCAGAGAUUAUCCUUGGAGUAUCUGUCAGUAUGGUCAAUGGAUUUAUAGGUGGUUACAAAGAACUCUCCUGACAGGGCAAAAGCCGUCUGCAUGUGUGGUACCUUAUAUUGAUUUUGCAUUUACAAUAAUGACCAAAGGGUGGCUCCCCAUCCCCACAGUAAGUCUUAGGAACCAGAGCAAAUAUCGUAAGAUAGAGAAAGUUUAAACAUCUUUCUUUACAGUAUUAACACGGGCAUUCUCAGAGUAUGUUUUCUAUCUAAUGAACUCAGAGCGUGUUUUAGUGUAAUCUCCAUCUUUUUUUCCCCCAAAAGGAGAGUGGAGUUUGGAAAAGGAGUCUGGGUUUUUUGAACUGAUAGGGAUCACGCAUUCACAGUUGUAAAAUUGCUAUCCCAUCUAUAUAUGAUAUGUGGAUUUUUUUCUAAGAGCAUUGAUAUUACCAGUAAACAUAUGUUGUUAUGUCCUAUGAAUAUCAGUAUUUUCAAAAUAAGUUUCACUUUCUCUGUUGUAAUUAGAAGAGUGAAAUGUUUUGUUUCUGAAAUACAAAUUCUCUCAUUAAAAAAAACCAAAGGAAUCACUGCAAUUACUUUAUAUUUUUCUAGUAGAAGGCAAAUUAGAUAGUGUCCAGUUUUAGAGUAUCCAGUUAUAUGGGGUGCUGCACAUCUUCAACUCAUAUAUGCUUCAGCAGGACAGAAAGAUGUUUGUCACUUGAGCUGAGGCAUUUCCUAUUUGUUGGUACUUAUACCAUUAUUUAAGAUUCAGCAGUGAAGCCAAACACUCUGAAUCCUCCUUCCCUCACUCCAUUUGUUCGUCAAAAUUUAUGGUUAUUUGAUCUGUUGUUGAUUUUCCACUCUGAUAUUUUCCAGAUGUUUUUAAGGGUGUGCUUUGUGAUGACACCCUUUAUAAAUAAUUUUCAGAAAUCGAAGUAGUUUACUGUUACUUAGUAUCUUUGCCUACGAAGAUUUUACCCAGCCACAGGUCUGUCAUUUUUCUGCCAACAUGCUGCUCUAAUGCUGCCCCAUAUUUGCCCUGAUCACAAUAUUAUCCUCUGUGACCAAACUGGUAGCACUCCUGAAUAAGGUGAUCGUGUAGCAGCUUACGUUGUACUACAAGUCUCAAGUUCCUUUUCCAGGACAAACCUUUAACACAGUGCUUCUACUUUACAGGAACUCAACUUUGGCUUAUGAGAUACUGUCAGUCCACAAAACACUACAAAAGUCAGUUUUCUGAUGCAUCUAUCAACCUCCUCUGUGCUGGAAGCUGCUUGGCUCUUUUGGAGUUACAUCCACCCCUUCUUGUUCCAGAUUCCUGUAAACAAGUGCAAGUCAAGUGAUACAGACCCCUACUGUAGGGAAUUUCUGGGAAUAUUACACUUGAAAUUAAGAUUAACUGCUACGUAGGUUUUGAUCUUCCCAUUCCUCUCCUUUGUGGUACCCCAUCGACUUCUCCAAGGAUACACAGAUCCAUCCAUGUCUUCCAUGUGCUGUUUUUUCCUCAGAUAAUGUUUUCCAAGGAAAGAUACCUUCUUUCUCCAUUCAACUUCUGUAAUUAGAAAAACAUAAAAUCCUCUUUCCAAGAAUCUUCUUAAUUUUAAUUCAUUGCAUCUUCAAAAUGACUUGGCCUAUAAACUUCCUGGUUUGCUUUUAGUGCUCAUGCUUUGAAAACCAAUUCUGUAGAAUUUUGAGUACUUCUUGUACUUAGUGGGUAUUCACAAUAUAAAGGAUUUACGCAGUGUGAGGGUAGGGAAAUCUUAUCUGUAGCUCUUCAAGGAUGCGACUUCAGCUGUGCAAGGUUUGAAAUGUUAAAAGUGCAUUACUUAGUCUCCUUUGGAACUUAAACAAAUAUCAAGAUUUACACUAUUCACUGAGAUUAAAAAAACAUGUAACUAAAGAGUGGUUUGGGAGGUAAUGUUAGAAGGGCUCUGUUUUCAUCUUUGGAUAUAAUUAUUA